AUGGAUCACUCACUCGAAAACUACAAAUCUUACAUCGGAAAGCCCAUUUCUGAGCUCCCCACGCCAUCCCUCGUCAUCAAUCUCCCCGUCCUCAAGCAAAAUGUCGACACUCUACACCGCGACGUCGAGAAGCUCGGUAUCGGCUUCAGACCUCAUGUAAAAACGCUCAAGUCCCUCGAGGUGACGAGGAUGAUGCUCGCGGGCGGCAAAUACAGGGGUAUCGUCGCCUCCACCAUUCCCGAGAUCAAGGGUGCCCUGCCCCUGGUGAAAGAGGGCAUCCUGGACGAGUGUCUGUACGGUCUUCCCGUCUACCCUAGCAUUCUGCCAAGACUGGUUGAGCUCCGAAAAUCGCUACGCAUCCUCCUCAUGGUGGACAAUGAGCAGCAAAUAGCGCUUCUUGAGCAGUCAGACUCGAGCAAGCAGCCCUGGGACAUCUUUGUCAAGCUAGAUGUCGGCUCGCACCGAGCGGGGGUGGAGACCAACAGCCAAGCCCUCAAUAAUCUGGUAGAGCGCGCUGAACAGUCAUCGGCAGUUAGCAUCUACGGAUUUUACUGUCACGCCGGACACUCGUACGCGGGCAGGUCGCGAAACGAAGCUGAGGAGACCCUCAACGUUGAAGUAUCCAGCGUGCUUUCAGCAGCCAAACUCCUCCCCUCAGACCGCAACAUCGUCAUCUCGGUGGGCAGCACACCAACAGCACACGUAGUGGAGAGCCUCAAAGCUUCAAUGCCAGCCAACAUCAAGCUCGAACUCCAUGCAGGAAACUUCCCCAGCAACGACCUCCAGCAAGUAUCAACGGGACUUGUAACCGAAGCCCAGCAAGCCGUCUCGGUGGCGGCCGAGGUGUGCAGCGUAUACCCAGAGAGGAACGAGGCGCUCGUCAACGCGGGCGUGAUUGCGCUGUCGCGCGAGGCGAGCGCCUUCACCGGAUUCGGCCGCGUGGUGGGCAAGCAGGCGUGGGGCGUGGUGCGACUCUCGCAGGAACACGGCAUCUUGGGCACCAGCGAGGACGGACGAAGGGUCGAGGACGACUUUGAGGUUGGGCAGCGGGUCGAAUUGUGGUGCAAUCACGCAUGCAUCACUGCGGCGGCGUUUUACGUGUAUUAUGUCGCUGAUGAAGAAGGGAUUACCAAGAGUGGGUCUCGAGCCGCAUACGUCAUCGCCUACCGCGGUAGCUUCAAAAGUGCGGGCGUAAUCACCCUCAACACCUCUCCUCACAUCACACAAGUCAUCAUGUCUUACGCCGACGUUGCUGCCAGCGGACCCAAGCAGUCCCCCCAGGACGCUGCUGCUCCUCAGCCUCCUGAGAUCAUCUCCACUGAGUCCGCCUCCACCGCUUCCCUCAUCGACGUUGACCUGCCGUCUGUGCACACCGUCAACUCCGAGUUCCUCGACCAGCCCGUCAAGACCGAGACCCAAGCGGCUCGCAUCGAGAGAGAAGAGGAGGCUCGUGAGGAGAAGCGAAAGCGUGACGCCGCUGCCGCCAAGGCCCGUAAAACCGACAACUGGCUGAUCCAACAAUUUUCUCGUCUUUCCGACGGCAGCGCUACUGGUCUUGUUAUUGCCAACUUUGCUACCGUUGUCGGCCUGAGUGCGUACCUGGGCUACAAGGGUUGGGGUCUGUACGAGAAGGGCAAGCUCGACUGGAAGGCCGUCGGUAUUGGUGCCGGUAUCCUCGCCAGCGUGAGCGCGGCCGAGGGUGUUCUUGGACGGUAUCUGUACAAGGGCAAGAAGGGUGGUUCCUAGAGGGGUCCCAAUGAAAACGACAUAAUAAAGCGAAGCGAGGAGUAUAUGAACCUCCUAGGUAGCCAGGGGACAAGGCUACUGUGCCUGGUGACGCGCAUCUAUUUCCCUGCCGAGGGGUGGAGCGAGGAUGCGUGAAUGUCCCAGUUUCUUGUUGCAUUGUUUGGCACUGUUUGAUAGUCUCUUGAUACCGGCUUAUUACCCAUCUCAAUCAAUACACGCACAGGCACAAU